AAAAACUCACCGGGUUCCACACUUCCAAGCUCUGGGCUGAGGAUCAUCUAGAUCUCAACUCCUUCCUCAACACUCAGUGACAAAGGCUUGUUUCUUUUGGAUCCUUCUUUUUUACUUCAUCCCUUGUAAAACUAAAUCAGAACAAUGGCACCCAAGAAGGAAGUGAAGAAACCUGCUGCCCCGGCACCCGCCGCUGCACCUGCCCCUGCCCCUGCCCCAGAACCAGUAAAACCCAAAGAACCAGCAUUUGAUCUGUCCAGCGUCAAGAUCGAGUUCAGCAAAGAUCAGCAGGAUGACUUCAAAGAAGCUUUCCUGCUCUUCGACAGGACUGGUGACAGCAAGAUCUCCCUAGGUCAGGUCGCUGAUAUCAUGAGGGCUCUUGGACAGAACCCCACAAAUGCUGAGGUCAAGAAGGUUUUGGGAAACCCCACUCCAGAGGAGAUGAAUGCCAAGAAGAUUGAGUUUGAGCAGUUCCUGCCCAUGCUCCAGGCCAUCGCCAACAACAAAGACCAGGGCAGCUAUGAGGACUUUGUUGAGGGUCUCCGUGUCUUUGACAAGGAAGGCAACGGCACUGUUAUGGGCGCUGAGCUUCGCCACGUACUGGCCACACUGGGUGAGAAGAUGAGGGAGGAGGAAGUAGAAGCCCUUCUGGCAGGACAGGAAGAUUCCAAUGGCUGCAUCAACUACGAAGCCUUCGUGAAGCACAUCAUGUCCGUCUAAACAAACCAACCAAGCAAUGUCUACUAGAUGUCUCGGAAGAUCCAGAGGCAUCAAAGCCAUACAAAAGACCAGCAACUGGUUAUUACAGUUUUUUCUGGAAAUGUACUGUACAAUACAUUUUUUUUUAUUUUGAAACAUCUGGAUUUUGACAUUUCCUUCCAUGAACCAUGCGGUUAUAUAAAGAAAGAUCAUACAGGACAUAUGACCCCAGCAAAGCUGGGGGGGAGAUCCAACCAAGCAAAUCUAUGUAACUUGCAUUGGAGCAUUGUAACAAGACAUCACAAUAAAACAUCCUUUUGCUUA